AUGAUAUUCAUCUGCAGCCUGGUUGUUGGCAACGACGGCUUGAAGGAUAUUAAACUGAGCCCUAUGGAGUAUCAAGCCUUCUGGUGGGCGACCAAAGAUAAGCUCGAAAGCAAGUCUCUACAUACAAACACGGCUGUGCAGCUGGUGAUGGAUGGGUGGUCAGCUCUACCAGAGCCACACCAAUGGGAGCAGAUGUCGUUCAUUUCCGGAGAUGGUAAACGCUAUGCCAUCAAAGGAGUUGGCAUGGCCGAAAAAUCGGCUCAAUUAUAG